CUCCCAGUCCUACGUCUUGACUUUGUAAUUUUACGCCCAAAAAAUCUCAAGUCUCAACCGGAUUCCAAUUUAUCAAACAAACAAUCCUGUUGGCUCGGUGUUCCCAACAAACCGCCCCCAAUUCAUUUAAAUCUCAUAGUACAUACCCCAAUUUAAGAAGCACUUUUUAGUUACCUUUCCACUUAACGCAAACGCACUUAAUUUGAAGAGAAAUUAGAGAUCAGAGAGAGAGCGAGAGAGAAUGGUUGCGUACAUGAACAUCUUGCUGUACGGUGUCGGAGGGUUAGUGGUCGCCGGAAUGGCAUUACUUGUGGCGUUUCAGGAGAAGCUCGUUUACGUUCCGGCGUUGCCAGGCCUCACCAAAUCCUACGCUAUCAAUCCUUCUCGUUUCAGACUCACUUACGAAGACAUCUGGCUCUCUUCUUCCGAUGGCGUUCGCCUUCAUGCUUGGUUCAUCAAACUUUUCCCUAAUUCUCGAGGUCCAACCAUUUUGUUUUUUCAAGAAAAUGCUGGAAAUAUUGCUCACCGCCUUGAAAUGGUUCGCAUAAUGUUACAGCAGUUACAAUGCAAUGUUUUUAUGCUUUCUUACCGAGGUUAUGGAGCAAGUGAUGGCUCUCCUUCUCAGCAUGGAAUUACAAAGGAUGCUCAGGCUGCAUUGGAUCAUCUUUCUCAGAGGACUGAUAUUGACACAUCUAGAAUAGUUGUAUUUGGACGAUCACUUGGGGGUGCAGUUGGAGCUGUACUAACAAGAAAUAACCCUGACAAGGUUGCUGGACUGAUACUCGAAAACACUUUCACGUCUAUAUUGGAUAUGGCUGGAGUUUUGUUACCUUUUUUGAAGUGGUUUAUUGGAGGCAGCGGUUCAAACGGUCCUAAGCUACUCAAUUUUCUUGUACGUUCUCCAUGGAGUACCAUUGAUGUUGUUGGCGAGAUCAAACAGCCUAUCCUUUUUCUAUCUGGAUUGCAAGAUGAGAUGGUCCCUGCAUCACAUAUGCAAAUGCUAUAUGCAAAGGCAGCUACUCGUAAUAAUCAGUGUCUCUUUGUGGAGUUUCCCACUGGCAUGCAUAUGGAUACUUGGCUGACUGGUGGUGAUCACUACUGGAGAACAAUUCAACAGUUUUUGGAACAACAUGCUCCCGAGAAAAAGGAAGACAGAUCAUCACAAAAUGGAAACGAUGUUGGGGCAAGGUGAUUGGCUGACAUUAGAUUAUUGCAAUGAUACUAAUUGGCUAACUAAGGAUUCAAACAGUUUCUGCCCUUUGAAGUUUCAGCCCGUAAGAGCACUCUGUGAAAAGAUGCUUACUACUGGGACAUGCUGCACCACUUCAGGCUAUUUCAUUGGACAAUAUUUGUUGGAUUGCGGUUUCAAGAACUUGGAAGAUGCCCAGAGGAUUUGCUAUUUUGCUAUACUGUACAUCAUCAACAUUUUGGAUGCCUAAUCAAAUUUGACAAGUGUCAUGUAGAAUAAUAAUUUAUAAAGUCUUAGAUACACGUAUAUGUACACCGUUAUUUAUGCUGUUUUUACAGAAUGGGUUCUUGUCUUUCCUAUUAUUACAGGCAGAGACAGUGAUAUCGAUUUCUGUCUUAUGAUUUCCAAUUUUUUUGGUGUAUGUUUGGUUCUACGGUGUCAAAAAUUGGUUUUAAUUGAUUUUGGCUAAAAUUGAGUUGAAGAUAAAGUAUUUGGAUA